AUGACUCAAGAGGUUUCCUCUCAGGUCCUAGACACUACUCGUGCUAGGCUGCGGCUGCCUAACUCUCGAAUCCUUCAACGGAUAAAGAAAAGGCAACGGUAUAGCCCCCUGCCACGCUCGCAGGCAAGUGAACGCUCGCAGACAAGUGAACGCUCACAGGCAAGUGAACGCUCGCAGGCAAGUGAACGCUCACAGGCAAGUGAACGCUCGCAGGCAAGUGAACGCUCACAGACAAGUGAACGCUCACAGGCAAGUGAACGCUCGCAGGCAAGUGAACGCUCACAGGCAAGUGAACGCUCACAGACAAGUGAACGCUCACAGACAAGUGAACGCUCACAGGCAAGUGAACGCUCGCAGGCAAGUGAACGCUCACAGGCAAGUGAACGCUCACAGGCAAGUGAACGCUCGCAGGCAAGUGAACGCUCACAGACAAGUGAACGCUCACAGGCAAGUGAACGCUCACAGACAAGUGAACGCUCGCAGACAAGUGAACGCUCACAGGCAAGUGAACGCUCACAGGCAAGUGAACGCUCACAGGCAAGUGAACGCUCGCAGGCAAGUGAACGCUCGCAGACAAGUGAACGCUCGCAGACAAGUGAACGCUCACAGGCAAGUGAACGCUCACAGGCAAGUGAACGCUCACAGACAAGUGAACGCUCGCAGGCACUCAGCUGGAGAGAGUCAUUAGGGGUUCGUAAGCGUCAGGAAAUUCCACAACUUGAUAUGUCUACCCCGCUAUCCUCAGAGUUCGUGAUAUCCACCAUCGUCAGAGUUCGUGAUAUCCACCAUCGCCAGAGUUCGUGA